AUGGCCGACUCGAUGCCCAUCAAGCCCGACCCGGAGGACAUGAAGAUGGAGGACGGGUCCCCCAUGGCCGUUGAUGAUGACCCCUACGAGGAGCUCGACCUUGAGUUCUACAACACCACCGAUGGAAACGGCAUGCCCACCCCACAGGACAGCCUCCUCAUGGCUCGUGUCCCCACCUACGUCUGGGCCGCCUGGGACAAGAUUGACGACGACACCCCCAUCGAGAUAGGAAAGCUUCGCAUGUGGUCUGAGCCCGACAAGAAGCACCCUCAGCAAAAGAUGCGGCUGCUGCUCAAGACAAAUGUCCCUGCGCACCAAGGGCUGCCUCGCGAGUACGAUCUUGUCGACACGGACCAGAGCGUCAAGAAUACCUUCGUUUUUACCGAGUCAGAUCUCGAGGCCUUCAAGAACAAGAACAAGGCCCGCAGGGAGGCGGCCGAUCAGAACAUUCCUACCUAUCUCUUGCGACCCAAGGUCGAGAAACCUCCGCAGCAGAACCAUCGUGGCGGCCGCCGUGGUGCGAGGAAGGACACGUUCCGCCAGACGGCCGUUUAUGGACGUGUCAGGCAGGAGUACAACAUGAACCCCAUCGACAACCCCGAGACCGCAUACCUCAUGGCUGUUCGUGCGCAAGAGCAGAUACAGCCGAAGAACACCACCCAAAUUAUCGAUCGCCUGACCGUCACAAAUAACGUUGUCCAGGCCGGAACACGGCAGGCAACAGAGGCGUUUGGCACUUUCAUUAAAGAGACCAAGAAGAAGACGAAACAGGCCAAGGCCGAUGCAAAGACUGCUCGUAUUCCCGAGAACGAGCUGCUCGACAGAAUCUUCCAAUGCUUUGGCCAGUACAACUAUUGGAGCAUGAAGGCUCUCAAGGCUGCCAUCCCGCAGCCCGAGGUCUACCUACGAUCUACGCUCGAGAAGGUCGCGAACCUGAACAAGACCGGGCGAUUUGCCAACCAGUGGAGCCUUAGAGAUGGCUUCAGAGCAAACGCCGAAGCCGCCCCCGACGUCGCUGUCGAGGAUGAAGACGAGGACGACGAGGACGACGUGAAGAUGGAGGACGUG